AUGAUUUGGUACUUGUUGUACCCACUCCGAGGAACAACGGAAGCGCCGGUGCUUGCGCCUACUCAUCCUCUCCGUCAUGGGCUCUCUCGGUACGGGUCUUAUGCCGCCAACCAUGUUGUCACCACACUCCUCGUCUCGGUGGUUGUUGCCACCAUGCUCAUCUACCCUAUCCCAUACCUCUUCACCAGUGACUACGUCAACGGCGCUUCCAACCUACCUCACCAUGCCUGGACCGUCGCCCAACCUUUGCCCUAUGGCGCCAGCAUCAAUCCCGAUGUCAUGAUGCGGUCUAUCUGGGUUCACGGGACUUAUAUGCAGGCUCUGGACAAGGAACUUCUUGCUUCCGCCCUGGAGUUACAGGAUGAACUACUGGGCAAGACUGAAAACUUCAGGCCAGGCCAAGCUCAUCAAGUCCCCCGCAAAACUCCUCAGCCAGGCACAGAUCUUUCUACAAGUCAGCGCGAUGCGUUCCACGCCAUUAACGGGUUGACCAAUCAGUCUUGGUUCUUCCAUUCUCCCCUUCAGUAUUGGGACUGCACUCGGGAGCGCAUCUUGGCGGAUCCUGAUAUUUUGGCAACUGUGAACGACAGGAAAACCCAGUCGACCUCGGUCAAUGUCACACUCAGGCAUUCCAUCGUCUUCAGCGGCAAAAGAUUCGAAGAACGUCGUCUCCUCGCCGCAGACGCGCUGGUCAUCACCCUCGUUUAUCUUCGAGAUUCGCCUGUAGGGAAGCAAUGGGAGAGAAAAGCUGCCUUGCUUCCGGGCAAGGUCUCUGAGAAAUGGGACAUCUACCCUCCCAGCGGUCGUUCCAUGGCAAGUCAGCUCUACGAGUUCCAGUUCCGUCCCAUAUCUCGCCAGGAUUCAGUCAUUCUCGCCGUAGCUUACGGCUUGACUACCAUUUACUUCCUCAUGAGCCUGUCUAAACUUCGGGCCUUCAAGUCCAAGUUUGGCCUUACCGUCACAGUCAUGGCUCAGAUUGCAUUUUCUGUCAUGUCAAGCUUUACCGUCUGCGCCAUCUUCAGGCUUGACUUGUCCCGCAUCCCCCGAGCCGCUUACCCGCUGGUUGUGCUUGCCAUGAGCCUCGAGAACAUCUUCAGGCUGAUAAAUGCUGUCAUACUAACCCCUGCCGAGGACUCGACGAGUAGCCGCAUCGGCCACGCCUUUGGCGAGACUGCGUAUACAGCUAUUGCCAGCUCCAUGCAAAAUGUCUUUCUUUUGCUGAUGAUAUCCCGUUGGGUAUCGGCUGGCGUUUCGGCAUUCUGCAUCUUUGCUGCCGUUGCCAUUGUGUUCGACUUCUUCUAUCUCUCAACCUUCUUCCUCUCGGUCUUGAGUGUUGAUGUGCAGCGGACGGAACUCAGUGAGGCGCUUGCAAAAGCCUCGAUGCGACACAACCGUGGCGCAUCCGAAUUCAGACCUCGCACCACAUGGGAGCUUAUGCUCCAAGGCAAGGUAACAAUGUCAACUCGCAUUGCUGGCACGGUCAUUAUGCUUGGUUUUGUCAUCAUUGCACAGUGGCACUUUUUCGAGGACGAUACCUUGUUGCAUUUCCUCGUUCACCUCUAUCGACGCCAAAAUGUCCCGGAGAGCCCAGAGUCAUCUCGGACCUCACUGGAUGCUAUUCACCAAGCACGAAGCCCAAAGUCGUGGUUACGGUUGCAGGAUCACGAAACAGCUCAAGAAAUCAUCAGCAUCAUCAAGCCCCAGGCGCACAGUUAUGUUGCCCGAGUUUACGAACCAGUCGUCUUUGUCAUGAAAGGCUCAGACCGCAUGCCGAACUACAAGGAGCCUACAUUGCUCCCAGCUGUGUAUGACUUUGUCAAUCAUCAGCUCACACGGUUUAUGGUUAUUGUCAUUGUGGUUGUUGCGGCCGUUCGGUUACUUACAAGUUUUCUCCUGUGGGAAGAUGAGGCAGAUGACGACGAUCGCCACUCUGACACAGACCCGACGUUAGGUGUAAAGUCUUUUACUGGAGGUCAUGUGCUUGACAUCGCGAUGCUGGCGGCUGCUCCUGACGGCCAUGUGGUAUCAGUUGGACUGGAUCGCCUGAUCCGUGUAUGGAAUGUUCGCCCCGGAGGGCUACACUACGUGGUUGUUGACGGGGAGCAAUCAGAUGAUGCUCCUUUUCCGGUCCUCGCCAUGGCCAUUGACGACCACUCCAAGUGGCUCGCGAUUUUAUCCACUUACAAGGCAGCGCUAUGGAAUCUGAAGGAGAAAACCUGGGGACCUUGGCUAUCCGUCGACCUAUAUGGCCAAAAGCCCGAGGCCUUCUUCUUUGGUUCCCCCGAUCCGCAUACCGACAUCCCCAGACUAGUCCUUGUGCGGAGAAAUGGCACAUUGACCGAGUUUGUGCCCGAUGCUGGUGAAGGGGCAGAUUUUGGAGUUUGCCGGAGCCCCUUAACCUGUGUCCGACCCCUUAUUGAAAAGCGAAGCAAACAGACAGCGCCAUUGGUCGCAAUCAUUACGGCAUCUCGGCGAGGGUGUGUUCACGCGGCAACUCGGGAGACGUUAUCAUGGAACUCCCGUAGUGUUCAGCUAGAAGGCUUGGAGCAGGACGAGGUGCACCAGGUAGUCCCACUCGCGUCAUUGGGUCUCUUCUUGAUUGCCGGUGUCAACCGUGUUCAUCUCAUCAACCUUGACGACUACAGUCUCGUCCACACAUUUUCCACCGAACGCAUGAGCCAGCGGUCUCUGCAAAGCGCAUUUUUCAAUCGACAGUCUUCGCAGACAGGGGUCAAGGGUUUGUCAUGGUUCAUUUUAUGUUACACCGAGGCAGAUUCGGGAGAUUGCGUGGUACAGACAUAUACACCCCCGGGCGAAAACGACAUGAUUUGUUUCCACAGCUCUGCUACGCCGACAACGAGGGGCUGGUGCUCGUGGGAAUCAGUUAAGGAGAGCCGGAGACAUAUCGAAAACCCAGGCUCUUGGAGUGUUCUAUCAGACGGUAGUGUGGUAGGGAUACGGCAAAAGUCAGCUCGAAUUCUCGAUAUCGAAAGCAACGGGCGACGCAAGGUAGAAGGACUUCGGCAUCGAUCUCCUCGCAAGGAGACGGCGCGAGACCUCUUCGGACGGUGGGAAGUAUGGACAGCACCACAAAGCGGUCAGCUAAGGACGGACGAAACACGACCACUCUUUCAGAACGAUGAGAAGGCAGGGCAUCUUAUUGUGUCAGACCUGGGACCAAUGGUCAGAGUGGGGCAGCGAUCUGUUGCAUUCAGCUUUGGAAAUGUGGUAAAGUUGGUUACAGUGGGCGGCCACGAACGGUUCGAGAGCAGCAUAGAGGACAAGGCUCUUGAGCACCUGAAUGUUGGAAGCAGGCGUCGAAAACCAGGCGCGAUGGUGCGGCCUAGAGCUUGGACAUGA